GUCGCUACGGACGCCACGCUCGAGCGCUACCCCAGACCAGACGGGAUCCACUCUAGCCUCUGCACACAGCCCUCCCGCCUCGCCAAGGUGCAUGCUGGGGUUGCCUCCCGCCCGCCGGGUCUUCCAGCUUCCCGGCGUGCCCCGCGCCCAGCUGAAUGGCGGCAGUCACAAGAUGGCGGCGAACGCGAACUCUGCCGGUGGUGGCGGGAGCCUCCCGCUCUUUGACUGUCCAACCUGGGCAGGAAAGCCUCCACCAGGGUUGCACCUGGAUGUAGUCAAAGGAGACAAACUUAUUGAGAAAUUGAUCAUAGAUGAAAAGAAAUACUAUCUCUUUGGGAGAAAUCCUGACCUGUGCGACUUCACCAUUGAUCACCAGUCAUGCUCUCGGGUCCAUGCCGCCUUGGUGUACCACAAACAUCUGAAGAGGGUUUUUCUUAUAGAUCUCAACAGCACACAUGGCACUUUUUUGGGUCAUAUUCGUUUGGAGCCUCACAAGCCACAGCAGAUCCCCAUUGACUCCACGGUUUCAUUUGGUGCCUCCACACGGGCUUACACUCUGAGAGAAAAACCUCAGACGUUGCCUUCUGCGGUAAAAGGAGAUGAGAAGAUGACCAGCGAGGACGAUGAGCUCAAGGGGUUGCUUGGACUGCCUGAGGAGGAGACCGAGCUGGAUAACUUGACAGAAUUUAACACGGCCCAUAACAAGAGGAUCUCCACAUUAACCAUAGAAGAAGGAAACUUGGAUAUCCAGAGACCAAAAAGAAAGCGAAAGAACUCGAGAGUAACUUUCAGUGAUGAUGAUGAAAUCAUCAAUCCAGAGGAUGUGGACCCUUCUGUUGGACGCUUCAGAAACAUGGUACAGACUGCAGUUGUCCCAGUGAAGAAAAAGCGAAUGGACAACUCUGGAUCCCUGAGUGCGGAUGAGUCUGCAACACGGCGCAUGCAGAACUUUCCCUAUAGCGGAGGAUUGUAUGGUGGCUUGCCUCCUACUCACAACGAGACAGGUGCCCAGUCCCAUAGCAUUCACGGCACAGCACUCAUUGGAGGCCUGCCAAUGCCCUAUCCUAAUCUUGCCCCGGAUGUAGACUUGACUCCAGUUGCGCCCUCAACGGUCACCAUGAACCCAGCUCCAAACCCUGCUGUCUUUAAUCCUGAAGUUGUGAAUGAACCCAAGAAAAAGAAGUAUGCAAAAGAAGCUUGGCCAGGCAAGAAGCCUACCCCUUCUCUUUUGAUCUGAGAAGCAGAGCUUGUUCUGUGCUGGGACAUAGGAGGAACCAACCACAGCAGGGGAAAAACUGUUCCAAGUGCAGCAGCAGCAGCUUUCAGAC